AUGCAUGGAACGAUGCGUGAAGGGUAUUAUGCAGCGUGGAAUGGCAUGACUAUCAAGUUCAUGUCAGAUAAUAUCGGACCUUCUUUGGCUCAGAGGCCCAACAUCGUCCUGAUCCACGCUGGAACUAACGACAUGAAUCCGAAUCCGGACGUUGCCAGAGAAGGCAGCGAACCUCACGCCACCGCAGACCGUCUAGGCCACUUGAUCGACCAGAUUGUGCAGACUUGCCCAGAUGCCGCAGUCCUUGUCGCCAAGAUCAUCGGCUGCUAUGACCCCGUCCAGAUGAGCAACAUAGCUCAGUUCAACGCGGUGAUUCACGGAGUUGUUCAAGCCCGACAAAGCGCCGGUAAACAUAUCCUCACUGUCGACUUCUCGAGCUUUCCAAUGAAUGCACUGAGAGAUGGUAUUCAUCCUACCAACCAGGGCUACCGCUUAUUCGGCGACUAUUGGUACGACUUUAUCACUCAGAUUCCGAGCGACUGGAUCAAAGAGCCUGUUGGAGAUGAUCCGCGCCGAUCUGGAGAGUUGCGCCGCGAUACACCCGUCAAAGGAAGAUCAAACAGCCUGUGUGAUCGACUGUUCGGCCUAUUUUUCGGCAGGGAACCAGAAACGUCGUUGAAAGCUUGA